AUGUUGGGUAGAAUAUCCCAGGCUCCAUUGAUUGCGGCGAUUAAAAACAGUUCGUCCCAAGGAAAUUGCCUGAAUCGAUGGCAAAGAUGUAAGUUUUCAUCGCAGAUGAAAUCACCUUCGGAUGUCCAAUCAACAGAGACUAUUUCUCCAUUUCCACCGUUAACGGAACCUAUCCCUAAUCUUCCAAAACCUAUCUAUGCUACCGCCAAAGAAGAACACCAAGUGACACAAAUCACAGUUUUGCCAAAUGGUCUGAAAGUUGCAUCUGAAAAUCGUUUUGGCAAAUUUUGUACUGUGGGUGUUUUAAUCGACUCAGGUCCACGAUAUGAAGUAGCAUAUCCAAGUGGCAUAUCUCACUUCCUUGAGAAACUGUCUUUUAACUCGACUAAAUCUUUUGAAAGUAAAGAUGCAAUAAUGCUAACAUUAGAAAAGCAUGGAGGAAUUUGUGACUGCCAGGCAUCACGAGAUACAUUUGUCUAUGCAGCUUCAGCAGAACGUCAGGGGUUGGAUAUGGUGACCAGAGUAUUAGGAGACAUUGUUUUGAGGCCUCAAAUUACAGAUGAUGAGUUGAAUGCGGCCAAACAAACUGUACAAUUUGAACUAGAAUCACUACUAACAAGGCCAGAACAAGAACCAUUACUAAUGGAUAUGAUACAUGCGGCUGCCUACAGAGAUAAUACAUUAGGUUUGCCGAAAAUCUGUCCGAGUGAGAAUAUAGAAAAUAUCAACAGACAAAUUUUAUUCACAUACCUAAAAAAUUACUAUACACCUGCCAGGAUGGUAGUUGCAGGAGUUGGUGUUCACCACAAAGAUUUGGUAGAAGCAGCACAAAAAUAUUUUGUAGAUGAGAAACCGAUUUGGGAAGAAGAUGAUACUCUUCUUCUGAAGGAUAAAAAUCUUGGUUUGGUGGAUCACUCGAUAGCACAGUACACAGGCGGUUUUCUUUUAGAGGAAUGCAAUGUUCCUGUGUAUGCUGGACCUAGCGGAUUACCAGAAUUGUCUCACGUCGUUAUAGGUUUAGAGGGUUGUUCUCAUCAGGAUCCAGAUUUUGUUGCAAUGUGUGUAUUAAAUAUGAUGAUGGGUGGUGGAGGCAGUUUUAGUGCUGGAGGUCCUGGAAAAGGAAUGUACACUCGAUUAUAUACUAAUGUUCUUAAUAGGUACCACUGGUUGUACAGUGCAACAGCAUAUAAUCAUGCCUACACUGAUACAGGAUUAUUCUGCAUCCAUGCUUCUUCUACCCCUACACAUGUUAGAGAAAUGGUUGAAGUUAUCGUUCGUGAAAUGGUUGCAAUGGGUGGUAAUAUUACGGAUAGUGAAUUAGCAAGAGCAAAAAAACAACUACAAUCGAUGCUUCUUAUGAAUUUGGAACAAAGACCUGUAGUGUUUGAAGACAUUGGAAGGCAGGUUUUAGCAACUGGAAGCAGAAAACGACCGGAAUAUUUUAUUCAAGCAAUCGACAAGAUAACAAAAGACGAUAUCACCAAAGUAGUACGUCGCUUACUCAAAUCACCACCAAGUGUGGGUGCCCGAGGAGAAGUGAGAAGUAUACCAUCACUCGCUGAAAUUCAAGCAGGGUUCCUUGAUGAACAAGGUCGAUUGCCUGGCUCGCGAAAUAGGUUAUCACUUUUUCGUUAACGAUUUUAUGAUGAAACUAACUAGUUAUUCUAGGUUCUUCUCAAGAAGUGUUUCCUCAAAACGUAACGCAUCAUUUAUGAAAAUUAAAAAAUGAGAAAGGCUUGGCGUAGUAGCAAUCCAAUACCUGUCAAGUACAGCUCGAUAAAUAAAAAUAAGAAAUUGA